AGUUACAUUGUAGCGCAGAGCACAAUGACAGUCAUGGGGAUAAUUCAAACACGAAGCAACAACCGAGAGAUCAGAGCCAGUCAAGAGUUCAAGUCAACGCAGUUCUUUAAUGCCAGAGAGGUAUAUAGAUUACGUUUUUGUCCAGUAACAACGAGCAAGAGACUAGAUCAUUUCCGGGGUUGGUUCUAGAUCGAAAAUAUAUAAUUGCGAGCUCUACCCGGAAAGAAGCCACAGCGGUGUUCGGGUGCUGCACACAUACAUUUCAGAUGUCAGGCUAUGUCAUGUAAACUCAGAGUAACAGCGGAUUUAAACUUCCAUUUUACCCUGGUGAGACGCGUUUUACUCUUCCACUUCGGACGCACUGGCGCACACUGACCAGUUAAAACGGUGAUGUGGUAGCAGGCAGCAGUAUGCCGUACGUGGACAGACAGAACCGUGUCUGUGGCUUUCUAGACAUCGAGGAGAAAGAGGGCAGCAACCGCUUCCAGAGACGCUAUUUUAUACUGGACACACAGGGCAACACACUGCUGUGGUACAUGGACAACCCCCAGAACCUGCCCAGUGGAGCGAACGCAGUCGGGAGUCUGCAGCUGACAUAUAUCUCCAAGGUGAGCGAGGCCACGGGGAAACAGAAGCCCAAGACUGAGUUCUGCUUUGUGAUCAAUGCAGUAUCUCGGCGGUAUUUCCUCCAAGCCAACGAUGCUGCUGACCUCAGAGACUGGGUCAUUGCUCUCAACAAAGCCACCAAGAUCACUGUCCCGAAAGCUAGACAUCUCCAGCCAAGGACAGAGGUUUCUAUGGUAACCGGUGAGGCAGGGGGUAAGAGGCAGGCCUAUAAGACUGAGAUCAUCGGGGGAGUGGUGGUGCACACCCCCAUGUACCAGAAUGAGGGGGAGGAGUUGGAGGUAGGGGACAGGAAGGUCAACGCUGUAGGCAGUAGACCAGGCGUGCUGAGGUGUGGCUACUGUGUCAAACAGGGUAACAUGAGGAAAAGCUGGAAAAGGCGUUUCUUCAUGCUGGACAACAAUUCUGUCAGUUACUACAAGUGUGAGACGCAUAAGGAGCCGCUAAGAGCGGUUCUUCUGAGAGACAUUCAGAAGGUCCAUGAAUGUCUGGUCAAAUCUGGGGACCUGCUGAUGAGGGAUAACCUGUUUGAGAUUAUCACCAGCUCUAGGGUUUUCUACAUCCAGACAGACACUCCAGAGGACAUGCAGGGCUGGAUCAGAGACAUUGAGGGGAAGAUACAGGACUUCAGAGGCCCGGGCAAGAGCUCUGCAUUCACACGUGCCUCCCACUCUCUGUAUUGCCAUGGUAACUCCUCCCACCAACCCUCUGUUGUCCGUGGUCGUCAGGGAGAUGACAAGAGACCCCCUUUAGUGAAGUCAUGUUCCGUGGCCCCGGGGUGGCAGCCCUGGACCCCCGUACCCCAAAGAGAGGCUCCCGCUCUGGGCAUACUAGAUAAGGACGGUCCCUUUAGCUCUCUGCUGCCCAGCCUCUCCUCUCUCUCUCUUUCCACCUCCUCAUCUUUAUCCUCCCUCCCCACUCCCACCCCACAGGGGGUCUCAGCUCCAGCCAGUGGUGUGGGGGUCCCAGUCUGCCCAGGCCCCAUAGCCCCAGGCCCCUCCAGCAGCCGGAGGAGACACCGCUCUCAGCCUCAGCCCACCACAGAACGCAGCUUCCCUUUCAGCCUGGACCAUGAUGGCAUCCGCACCACCGACGUCUAGAACCAACCACGACUAGACCAACAGAACUCUGGAUCCAACAAUAUGUGGAACCACCAACAUCUAGAGCAACAAUGACACUUGAUUGAGUGCCUUUCCCUUUGAAAGACUAAACCUUCCCUCCCCCAGCCACUCUCCUUUGAGAGUUCCAUAGGCCUGCUGCUUUGGCUGCGGCUGCUGUGGGCUGUUUGCUAAAGUAGCCCCCCAUCCAACUCUCUCUCUGGAGGCCUGUGGCCCCCUGUUGGUGGGGGAGGGUAGUGAUGCAAAUUGGGGUUCCUGGAUGUGUUCUCUCAGGGAGGGGUGUGUUAGUAGUGGCUGUGGGCUUCUGGUAUAAAGGGUUAUUCGGAGAGACUGGGAGGGGUUAUCAGUGUUGGAGUGUCUGGUAGACUGCGAAGGGUUAAGUUAUGUGUUGUACGAUUUCCUCUUAAAACCUGAAUGUAGUUCUCCCAUGUACUGAGAUGAAGGAAGGUUUGUAUUGUGUUGGAGCCUGGUCUGUCUACCAAAUACCCUCUAAUAGUAUUUUACCUGUAUUAACCAAAUCUAAAGUAUGUCCCAAUUGGCACCCUAAUUCACUAUAUCAUGCAGUACUUUUUUACCAGAGCCUUAUGGGCCCUAGUCAAAGGUAGUACACUAUAUAAUGAAUGUGGUGCCACUGCCAAUUGGGACGCAACCCAAGAGUCCCAUUCAAUCCAUCAUCUGGUCAUAGAAUAGUGACGAUGUUCGUGUCUGUGGCUCUGCUUUUUCUAGACAAUGUUGUUCCCUUGUUAGACUAAAUCCAAUUGCAUUAAAUCGGUACAUCAGCA